ACGUGACAAACGGGGGAAGGUGGCGUCUUCACACGGACGUUUAUUUUUGUGACACUGUAGCGUCCGACAGCAAAACAAAGCCGACCAGAAAGUUUGCGUUAACUAGCAAUAAUUAGCGAUAACUAGCGGCAACUAGCGUUAACGCAGUGAUCGAAGAGGAAGCUAACACUUUAGCCUCUUAGCCACAUAAACAUUCCGGAUCAGAGGACCACAGGAGGUUCCGGUCCCGGCUGAUCCUCAGACAUGCUGGCGGAGUUUCGGGCUCCGCGGAGGAGGAACCGUGUUCAUGAGGAGUACGAGGCCCCGCUGCCGGUGACUCAAAGCCCGGAGGAGAGGAGCGACUUCAGGGCAGAGCUCAUCAACCAGCACGUGCUAGUCCGUAAUCCAGACCACAUCCAGAGGAUCUACAAUCAGGGUUAUUUUGGGAAAGGCAUCCUGUCCAGAGCAAGACCAGACCACAGCAUCUCUGACCAAUGGGAGCAACACAAAGGUUUGUGUUUACCUGUCGUCUCACAGUCCAGGUAUGAGGAGAGGCUGAAGUGGGCAGGAGCAGCUCUCUCUGCUCAGGGAUUGGAUGACGAGGCUGUCAGUCAAAUCCUAACCAAACUCUCUCAGCCUGUGGAGGCGGAGGAUGUGAGGAGGGAGGGACCUCAACCAGAAGGCGGAGUCUGUCCACACACGAAGAGGCUGAGGUCAGAGGUUGAGCCAAAGGCCAAGAGAUUCUGCAGGUUGGAAUCACAAGAUCUGAACCUCAGUUCAGACCAGGACCCAGACUCCGAUCCUGACCCUGGCUCUAACUCUGGCUCUGACUCUGAUCCUGAUCCAGAGCCUGUGGUUCCAGGUCCUGGUUUUGUCCUGGUGGACUGUGAUGGGGAUGUGAGAUCCACUGACUCUGAGUCCAGAUCUGGUUCAGGUCUGCAGGUCCGGGAGCUGCGGCACAAUCCGGUCUCAGUAUCAGAAUAUCUGCAGCUCAGUGUGGAGGAGGCCUUUUUCCUGGUCUACAGUCUGGGCUGUCUGUCUGUCCACCUGCACCAGGAGCCACUGUCAAUCAUCCAGCUGUGGAGGACGUUCCAGUCACAGUGUCCUCACUUUAUCAGCUCAUAUGCAGCCUAUCAUCACUUUCGCAGUAAGGGGUGGGUCCCUAAAGGAGGGGGUGGGGCCAAGUAUGGCGUUGACUUCAUGUUGUACAGGAAGGGCCCACCUUUCUACCAUGCCAGUUACUCUGUGGUUGUUGAGCGUGUUGAUGAUGCGUUCAGGGACACAGCGCUGCGUCCGUUUUCGUGGCGUUCUCUGGCGGCUCUCAACAGGAUCACGGCAAACGUCUCCAAGGAGCUGAUGUUGUGUUACAUCAUCUAUCCAAGUGACCUAUCAGAGGUGGAACUAGAGUCACCUGACUGUCUGAGCAGGCUCAAAGUUCAGGAAGUGAUGGUCAGCAGAUGGGUUUCCUCCAGAGAGCGAGCGGAGCAGGACGACAUCUGAUUGGCUGACAGGAGGAAGUGAUGACAUCACAGUGAAUCUAAUAUUAAACAGACUGAUGACAUCAUCAUGGAAAUAAAAAAGCCAGUGAGUUGCAGUUUUUAUAUUAUUGACUGCAACACUUUGAUCACUAGAUGGUGCCGUUUACCUUUGUUUGAGCUCAAGAGAUUAAUGAAGUUACUUUUUCUUCACAAAAUAAAGAUGACGUAAAAGAAAA